AAAUCAAACACUGAAAAAACAGCACCACUGCACUAGCAUACAGUGUAUUGUCUUCCCUUUCCUUCCCUCCCCUCUCCUUACAAUUCCAACAAGGAGGGGUUUAAGAAAAACAACAACAACAACAGAAAGUGAAUGAAUGAACAAAUGAAUGAAGCCGUGAUAUGUAUCACAGUGUCGGUGCACGCCGCCUACUCUACCGUUCUCAAAUAUCUUACUAUGUUAAAGCUGGUCUCAUCGACACUGCAAUCCAACUGUUCGACCAAAUGUCUCAAUCAAAUUGUCGUCCUUUCAGCAUCGACUACAACCGUUUCAUCGGCGUUCUCAUUCGUCACUCUCACCUCGACCUCGCUCAAAGCUACUACCACCGCCAUGUUAUCCCCAAUGGUUUCUCACUGUCCCCUUUCACCUACUCUCGCUUCAUCUCCGCUCUUUGUUCCGUCAAAAACUUCUCCCUCAUUGAUUCUCUCCUUAAUGAUAUGGAUGCUCUAGGCUAUGUUCCUGAUAUUUGGGCUUUUAAUAUCUACCUCAACAUUCUCUGCCGUGAAAAUCAGUUAGAAAUUGCUCUUCAGUUUUUUCGCACAAUGCGGUUGAAGGGAAGAGAGCCUGAUGUUGUUUCGUAUACUAUUAUUGUUGGCGCGCUGUGUAAAGCUAAGAGGUUUGAUGAGGUUGCUCGUGUUUGGCGUGGUUUGAUUGAGAGUGGAUUGAAGCCUGAUUUGAAGGCAUGUGCUGCACUUGUUGUUGGUUUGUGUAGUGUUGGGAAUGUUGAUUUAGCUUAUGAGCUUGUUGUUGGUGUGAUCAGUGGUGGUGUAAAGGUUAAUUCUUUGGUUUAUAAUGCUUUGAUUAGUGGGUUUUGUAAGAUGGGUAGGAUUGAUAAGGCUUUGGCGAUUAAAGGGUUUAUGAGUAGGAAUGGGUGUGUGCCGGAUUUGGUUACUUAUAAUAUUUUGUUGAAUUAUUGUUGUGAUGAGGUUAUGCUUGAUGAGGCAGUGAGUUUGGUGGAGACUAUGGAGAGGAGUGGCGUGGGACCUGAUGUGUAUAGUUAUAAUGAGUUGCUUAAGGGUUUUUGUAAGGCUAAUCAGUUGGAUAGGGCUUAUUUGACUAUGGUCAAGAGGAUGCAGAGCAAAGGGGUAUGCGAUGUUGUUUCUUACAAUACUAUUAUUGCGGCUUUUUGUAAGGCGCGGAGGACUGAGAGAGCUUACGAGUUGUUUGAGGAGAUGCGUAGGAAAGGGAUUCAGCCAGACGUGAUAACAUUCACGGUACUUAUAGAAGCGUUUUUUAGGGAAGGUGGUUUCGAUGUUGCUAAAAAGCUUCUUGAUCGAAUGACGGAAAUGGGGAUUGUUCCCGACGUGAUUUUCUAUACCACAAUAUUUGAUCAUCUGUGCAAGUCCGACAAUAUUGAUAGGGCUCACGUUGUUUUUUGUGACAUGGUGGAGAAUGGAGUAAAUCCAGAUGUGAUCUCAUACAAUGCACUCAUAAAUGGGUUUUGCAAGUCUUCUAGAGUUAUGGAUGCCAUGCGGCUAUAUGAAGAAAUGCAGGUCAAAGGAUUAUGCCCGGAUGAGGUCACUUUCAAGUUGGUAGUUGGAGGGCUCAUUAAGGAAAACAAGCUUUCAGAAGCAUGCAGGGUUUGGGAUCAGAUGAUGGAAAAAGGAUUUACACUUGACAGACAUCUCUCUGAGAUUCUAGUCAAUGCCAUUCAGUCAAGAGAUGGCACAUGAGCAAUUGUAUUGGUUUGCAUUGUGAUCCUCUCAACUUCAUCACGCCCUUCUUUCAAAUGGCAGAGCAACUUAAAUGUUUCUCUCUCAACAUACUACAUGAAAGUGUAGCAAACCGGUGAAGUUACUUUGUUUUUUGCAGGCAGUGACACCUGCAUAUCAGUAUAACCAUUUGCAUGCUGCUCAUGGUGAAAUCUCACAGAUUUGCAUGGUAAUAUUACACUACUAGUUCCCUGGCCAGCUUCUGGUAGAGAAUCCAUAACAACGACAAUCCUACAAUGGUUUCUAGUUGCUAAUGAGUUAGUAUCCAAAUUUUGUUACAUAUUACCGACAGACUUUUAGCUGGCGGGUUGUAUUUGUCAAUACAAUAUACUCAUUAUAUUCUUUGGCCAUUUUUUUAUACACGGGAACUGUUGAUCUGAAUCUCACCCAGCACAAUUGAUAUCGGUAAUUAAUGAUUUGUGGUUGAAACCAGGUGCCUAUAUAUUAAGCUGGUGUUUCUUUAGAGUAAGAGUGCUUCUUCUGAAUACUGUGACUCUGCUAGUUGAUGAAAUCCUUUGAGUGGCAGCUCAAUUCAGAUUGACUAAAUUCCAGGCUUAUGUUGUAGACACUUCGAUGAUGAUAAUUUUGUCAUUUUAUGGUUCUAUGCGAUUAAUUUGAGUAUAGCGUCCUUCUUGGAAUAACUAGCUUUAAUAUCAGUGAAUAAAAGUUAUAUUUCACCGGGACAAAGCUCAUACCAUCUGUGAAUUGAUGUGCUGCAGAGCAUAAGUUUGAACCACAGAUAUAAACAUUCCUUGUAAACUUCAUCUUGUGGGCUACAUUCAAGGUUUCGUACCUCAAGCAUUGUGGAACCUUCAGUAACAGAUUGGCGGCUUACUGUUUGUGUUUAUCUAGGCUCAACAGAUAAUUACUAAAGUUCAAGAUCAACAGUGUAGGCUUGUUAGGUUUCAAAGUUCAAAUCUAUUACAUUCUGUGGAAAAACUGUGUUGCUGGCACAAGAUCCACAGUUUUUUUAAUUAGAAUAGAAAGAAUGUGUAUUUGUUGGACUAUACUGUCAUAAAAUCCAACUUGUCUGACCUAUAUUAGGAUUAUUUUUGGUGAAUGCUUAUCUUCAGUACAGAACUUCAAGCAUCUCUAACGAAAUGUUACCGUAAUCAUUCAUUACUUUACACAUGUUUCUCCUUUAUUUCAGCUCAUUAUUUUAUUAUUGAAAAAUAAUUUUCAACAUGCUUUUGUUGAUUUUUGCAUAUCUUUGAGGGGAAAAAAAGGAGUUCUUACUUGUUUACUUUAUAUAUCAGUCAUUCAACAUUAGUACACUACUAAACUCUUGCUCAUACAUACUGGUGUAUAAUGUUGUAAAUGUAUUUUCUGCCAUUACAUUCUACCCUAGACAAUGUUACCCCUUGGACAGGAGUUAAUUAGCCAAUCAGCAGAUUGAUUUGAUUGAAAAGAGGAAGAAGUAGAAAGAAGUAAAGUAGGGGACAAGAGAAAAAUUCAGAUUUUCGCUCAAAAACUUAAUGGGUUCCUCUGGCUUAUCGAGUGCUUUUAACUUUUCAAGGUUCUUGAACUUGCAAUUCGUAGGUUUGUGGUCCAUCUCCAUGAACUUUUGGAUCAAAGUAGAAGGAAGGUAUCUUGUGCAGUUGGUAUUGUUUGCAUGUAAAUUGAUUGUUUAAUAGGAAGGUUACAUGUGAAUAGGACUCUGACAAUUAUGACAUCUAUUAGUCCAAAAAUCCAUUCCACUUCCAAAGUUUUGUUGUCUAUUGUUGACAUAGAUUCCUAUUAUAUAUAAUAAAAAGUGAUAAGAUACAUUAUCACUUCAUGUUUGAAAUACUCAAAUCGAGUGUUAAAGUAAAAAUUAGAAACUUGUGGCCCCACAUACUUGGCUAAUGUUUGAUUCUUUGCCUGUACAUGAAUCAUCCUUGAAGUUCU